AUGCGGCUCCGAUCUGCGUCCUGCCAGAUCUCGAUCCUCGGAGUCAUCUUCCUCUUCAUAUUCACAGCUUACAGCACCAUUCAGGGAUUCGCCUCGCAGCUGUAUGGCGAGGCGCUCGCGUCCGAGAUGGAGUCGACGCUCUACGCAACCUUCACGCUCGCCUGCUUCGUCGCACCCGCAGUCACAAACACGCUCGGUCCGCGGCUCACCCUCUUCCUCGGCGCGCUCGGCUACGCGGCGCUCGUCGCCGCCUCGCUCCUCCUCGCGAUCGUCGGCGCGCCGUGGUGCCGCGGAGUGGUCGUUCUGGGCGGCGGCGUGCUGGGCGUUGGCGCGGCGCUGCUGUGGACAGCGCAGGGACGGCUGAUGCUCGAGUACUCGGACGGGACGGACCAGGGGCGCCUCUUUGCCAUCUUCUGGGCCCUGUUCAACUGCUCGAGUGUGGUUGGCGGCCUGCUCACGUUCUUCUACUUUUCCCACCACUCGGAGGAGGCGACCCUGGGCCAGGCCCCCGUCUCCCUCUAUCUCAUCUUCCUCGGCUGCAUCGCGGCGAGGGGCGGCAGCACGUGGGAGGGCGAGGCGAAGGCGACGCUGCGCUUGUUUGGCACGCGGCGCAUGGCGGUCCUCUUCCCCCUCUUUUGGUACACGGGCUUCAACCAGCCGUGCCAGCUCCACGCCGCCGGCGACGUGCUCGGCGCCGCGCUCGCCGGAUGGACGCUCGACACCGCCUCCACGCCGAGGGCCGGGGCGCUGCGCCAGCUGGCCGCCUUCGGCCUCGCCACCUCCGCCGCCUACGCGCUCGCCCUCUCCGUCGAGGUCCAGGCGUACGCGUACUGGCUCCUGCGGCAGCUGCACUCGGGCGGCGGCGGCUCGCGCGCGCUGCGCGGCUGCGGCGACGAGCUCGCGCGCGCCGUGGGUUUCUACAAGAUGGUGCAGUCUCUCGGCUGGUCGGUGGGCUUCCUGCUCGUGCCGAGCUGGCGUCUGCCCCCCCUCGUGCAGAACCUCGCCACCGCGGCGUGCGGCGCUCUCGGGCUCGCGCUCGCACUGAGAGAAUUGCCGCCCGCCCGCAUCGAUUCGCGCAGCUCCUCGCCGCUGCUGCGGGUGGUGCGAAUCGAGGGGGAGCGAGUGGACGAGUCAGCGGUCGAGUCUGCCGGCGGUUUCAUUCUAGUUGUUGGACGGCUCCCGUGA